CGUCCCCGUAUUUUUGUGUGUGACGCGGUAGUCGUGAAGUCGUCCGAUAGGCGGUGCGAGUUCCGAGCUCCGAGCCAGUCCGAGCGGCCCCAGCAUUUGUCUUUACCCCCCGUCGUAAUGCCGUUCACGUCCAAAAUUAGUAAAUAAAGAGAGGAGAUAGCAUGAUGGCAGCGUACGCGAGCCGUGCUGCUUCGUGCUGAUCCCUGACGUCUCGUGAAGAGCGCUCGGCAAAAUGAAGUGGAAACGCGCCAUGCCUCUCGUCAUCGUUCAGGAAAGCCCGAGAAACUUGACCGGCAAGUGAAGAAAGCUCUCUUUUAGAGUGUGUGCGUACGUGUGAAAUUACAGGGCGAUCUCGCUGAUCUCGCUCGCUGGUGGAGCGGUACUUGUUCGAGAACUGCGAGAGAACGGAUGGACGGACGGGCGGACUCAGAUGACACAGGCAAGAGAAAGAGAAUAAUCCACGCUCCAGAGUUCACAUCGUAAGAAAAACGUUGACAAGAUGGUUGUCGGAGAAGCAAGUAUACAUAAUAUAAUGGGAGGAAUGGAGAGCACGGGUGGCGUGCGCCUUCAUAAUCACAAGCGAAAGCUGAAGCAAAGGUUUGACAUCAUAAAGAAAUUAGGGCAGGGUACUUAUGGUAAAGUGCAACUAGGAAUAAACAAGGAGACCGGUCAAGAAGUGGCAAUAAAGACGAUUAAAAAAUGCAAAAUAGAAACAGAGGCUGAUCUAAUCAGAAUACGAAGGGAGAUACAGAUUAUGUCGAGUGUUCAACAUCCGAAUAUCAUUCACAUCUACGAAGUGUUUGAAAACAGAGAGAAGAUGGUGCUGGUAAUGGAGUAUGCAGCCGGGGGAGAACUAUACGAUUAUCUGAGCGAGCGCAAAGUUCUAAGCGAGCACGAGGCCCGCAGAAUAUUCCGUCAAAUAGCUACUGCUGUUUUCUAUUGCCAUAAACACAAAAUCUGUCACAGAGACCUAAAGCUCGAGAACAUUUUGUUGGAUCAAAUAGGAAACGCCAAAAUAGCCGAUUUUGGUCUCUCGAAUGUGUUUGACGAGCAGCGAUUAUUAAACACAUUUUGCGGCAGUCCAUUAUACGCGAGUCCGGAAAUAGUGAAAGGAACUCCUUAUCAUGGACCGGAAGUGGAUUGUUGGAGUCUAGGUGUCUUACUAUACACGUUGGUCUAUGGUGCUAUGCCUUUCGACGGAUCUAACUUCAAACGACUAGUCAAACAGAUCUCACAAUCAGAUUAUUUCGAGCCCAAAAAGCCGUCCCCCGCUUCGCCGCUUAUAAAGGAAAUGCUCACGGUAUGUCCUGGCAGACGUGCCGAUAUCGAGAGAAUCUGCACUCACUGGUGGGUGAACGAAGGUUACGAGCAAAAUUGUCUCGAUAUUGCUGAAGAUUUGGCAGCUCAGACUCCAGUUCGUCUGGAUUUAUUGCUCUCUCUAGUGCCACAGUCGGCCAGCGCCGAGAAAUUAUUAGUGGGGAGCGAUCAGCAGGCAGGCGGAGAUGUCGCUAAUAACAUGUCUUCCGAAACGUUGGUACCUACUAGAUGUCAUUCAGUCGGUAGUUUAAUGGAACUUGAUCGGAAUAGUUCCAACAGGCGAAUAAGGGAGUUCGAAGAGGAGCCGAGGUCUUCCGCGGCCGGAGACACUAAGAGAAAACUGGAGACAACACCGUCGAUGGACGAGACGGCCGCAACAGGCGUGAAAAGGAAAGAAAGAUCCAGAAGAGAGAGGAAAGAAAAAUCAGACGAGAGAGAACCUAGAGCAUACAGGUCUUCAUCAAGGCAUCAUUCGGCUCCAAUUCCAAAUUCUAUAUCGGAAGAGGCAAUGGAGGUGGAACCGGCAGCCAUAGUAACUGUUCCUACAAGUAAAACUGUUGGUUUUGAUAAAAUAGAAGCAGCUAUUUUAGAGCUGCUCGAAGAAUCAAAGGAAAGAUCGCCAAGUAAAGAGAGAAACAAGACUCCGUUAAUAAACGAAUUUCAACAGACGCCAAUAUCUGCAGACAGCGUUCAACAAAUCUGUGAAAUUAAUCAAAAAGCUGGCGAUGAGCAAGACAAAUCGCGACAAAAGUAUACCAAGUCUUUUAAUGAUAGUUUGUACGGAGACGUGGUUGAGAAGACUGCAUUAGAAGACACGAGUAAAGUAGCGAAUGAAAUUGCGUUUGACAAAAGAUCGAGUGAUCUGGAAGCAAAAGUGCCAAAUAAAAGCGACACGACAGCAAGUGUCAGAAAUGAAACAUCCGUGUCGCGAGACGUACAGCAAUUAGAACCAACGGAGAACGAUUUUAAAAAGCUGAAAGAAAAGGUGCUCGCCGAACUCGCAUCAAAUGAAGUGACGAACGCUCCAUCUGCUAAACCCGUCGAACGACGACGUUCCAAAAUAUUUGAGACUGCUGAAAAAUUUAAUCAGCUGUCUUCUACCACGGAAAACGAGAAACCUAAAAAGAUAUUUAUUCCCGGCGUUAAUGUAGGAGGCGCAAAACGAGCUUUCGAACGAAAGGCUAGUCUUUCGUCUGUAACCACACCGCCUCCUACGAAAGCCAGCGCGUCCAAAGUUAUCAUUGAUGUUCCAGUCAAGAAAGGUGAAAAAGAUGAACAGAAACAGGCACUGGGAGAUCAAGAGAGUGUGACUACUGAAGAUAAAUUGGAUAAGCGAGAUGAAGCAAAGAAACGUGCUAUCGAUAUCAUUAGUGGCGCGAUUGGUAAGCCUCCUAUGCAAAAGAAAUUGAACAGCUCACCACCAUUGUCACCUCAGAGCAUGGACUCUAAGAAAUUUGGAUCGAAAAUAGAGGUUGCAUCAAAUGACACACGAUCGGCCACAGUAUUAGUCUGUACACCGAUCGAGAAGUUUGGUUUUGAUGUUAAAUCAGCUGCACCAGAAGCAUCUAUCACUAGUACUUCUGACACAACUAUUAUCGAAAAUUCGCAUUUGGAAGAACCUAAGAUGUCUAGUAGAAUGGAAAUAACGUUAAAGAGUGCAACGUUGCCUAGACGGAAAACAAGUAAAGCUGAAAUUACUUUAUCCGGAGUCAGAUUACCAGAAACUAUAGCGUUCAAGUCCGAGGUAGAAGCCAAGAUUGACGCUUUCCAACCACAGAAAUUGCGCACACAGAAAUCGGAGGUUGCAUUUCCAGUUGCCGCAGCGGUACCUCAUACAAAUAGAAGUUCAAGCUUAGAACCGGAAAGCAGACCUAAAACUUCAAACUUACCGAGAGAAAGAAUUAUACCUAUCCAGGUAGAGGCAGGACUUGAGCGUACACAACAUUCGUCCACACCACCGCCUAAACCACCAAUGUCUCAGAGAUCAAUAUCUCAACGAUCAAAUUCAUUGUCUCGCCAAUCAACCGCCGAUUCAGACACGGACAGCGCUCUUGGUUCAACUGUGGGGCCAGAACCGAUCAGGAAAAGUCCUAGAGAGUACAUAAUUCCUAUUGCGGUAGAAGGUGGCGGUUACGUUACUCCUAGAUCGGGUAGUCUAGAACCAGAGAAUAAAACUGGUACACCGACAAGUACGAACCCAUCGAGAUCGCGAUUUGGUAGAUCAAGAAGGAUGAGUUCUCUUUUAUCGGAUGCUAGCGAAGAUGAGUCUCCCUUCUCUCCGUUGCACGGGGAAGAUUUAUUGCAAAGACAUAUGCAUCGAUUGAGGAGUUCGCGACCGUCCAGGCAAUCAUCCGAACAUGCCGACAGCUUGUCUUCUGGCGAGGAUGACGAUGAUGAUGGUUUCGAGUUAUUGACUGCAGAAAACUUGUUUUCUACAUUGCUGUCCAGGGUGCGAAGUUUGACACAGCGACUCAACGUUGAUGAUAAUCGAUCUGGCGGAUUUCCAAGCAGUAGAUUAUUCGGCCGACUCGGUUCCCAGUCGUCGCAACCGUUUUGGGGUCUUAACAAGCCAUUGUCCAGCUACGAGAGCUAUGUCGAAACACGGACCAUGACUACGCGGCUCUCGGAAUCGCAAUUUAAACAUUCUCUGAAUCGUGACGCGGAUAUAUUUUCCAAGAAAAACUCCAUCAAUACUUCCAAUCCCGGAACUCCAAAUAACCCUGGAUCGCACAACACACCUUCCAGGGAAAAUGUCUUUGAAAUCGGAAACAACACCUUGCCAAGGGAUAAAGUAGAAGAAGUACCCGAAGAAGAAGUGAAAGCGGAAACAACGACGCAAAUCAGGAAAGGGACGCAAGAAUCUCUGGAGCAGAAUUUCACUCCCAGCUUGGCACGCAGAUUGAGCAGGCAAUUUAUUGAGCAAACCCGACAAUCUGUACCACGCUCGCCUUCCUUGGCGCGUGACAGCAACAGAUACUAUCAGUCGCCAACAAGAGAUUUGGCACAGGAUCCGAUAGGCUCAAACGAAGUCGCGAAACAAUAUCCCACAUUUGUGACUUCUAAUCAAAGUGAGUAUAGAGGCAGCUCGCUCGAUCGAGGUAUUAGGAGGACGAACAGCUUGUUGGAGCCGUGCAAGUAUGAUAAAUCAGAAUCACGACGCUCACCGCGAAGGAGCAUCAGUCUGUUUGACGACUAUGACGACGGCUAUUGCAAUGAGAAGCUACUGCCACCUCUACCGAAGCAUGUAAUGACUCUCGGCCGCAAGUUUAAAGAAUCGAUUAGAUCGAAUGUCAUGGAUAAUACGAGACGAGAUAGCUUUUACGGUUACAGGACGGAUAAGAUCCAGGAAGAGCCCGGCGACGACGCAUACCUGUCCUCUUGUAGAGAGAAUAUGGAUAAUGUCGCGGAAAAUGGCUCCAUAUCAGAAAGUGCAACCAUAUCCGUCUACAACUCGAACGCUAAUUCGAUGGAUAACACCGCCAUCACCACCACUACUUCAAGCGUGUCACCCAGAUCCUGCGAGAUCUCACCUACGGAAUCAUCCUCAUCAAAUCUUAGCGGUGACAACAAAUCGAUCGGCAAAUCCGACAUCUCCAAGAGUUUCGAGAACCGAUUGUUAGCCGCAGAGAAUUUAAUCAAGGAGUCAAAAUUGAAAAAUUUGACGUUACAGCAGUUUAAUCCGAACCUCAGUUGCAAUUAUAAGGAAACAGACAAAUGUGACAAGGAGAUCCUGAUGACCAUUUCGGAUCCAUUGUCGUCGUCGACCAACUCUGUCGCGUCCAAGAAACGCAGUUGCAUCCCAAAUCUCAGAUUACGUUCGGGUUUGUUGACCAGAGAGUCGAGCGUAAGCGCGGAUCGUGGAAAGUCGCUCGCCGGCUCAUCCGACGCAUUGACCGGAGGACUUGAGGAAAGAUCAAGCAUUCUAAGCAAACUCUUUAGAGGCAGUGCCGUCGCUACUGGAAAGGAGGCCGAACCAAAGGACAGCAACAAGAGCCAAAAACCAAAACAACAUCGCAUCUCGCGCUUCUUACGGCCGGACUUUUUCGACACGCCGCGAGAGGAGAGCCAGUACGUGAAAGAAAAAGAAGCACUGAAAGCGGCGGAAAACGAGCGCCGAAAGUCGCGAUUUAUAAGGCGAAAAAAUGAGAACAAGGAGCGCAAGGAGGACGAAAAGAUCUGCAAAGAACAGAAAAAUGAGAUAAACGCGCUGCAGAAGGAUAAACUAGAGAAUACCGUCACGGCCUGCUCCUCUUCGUCCUCUUCUUCCUUUGAGAACAAAGAGAGAGCGAAGCUUGAACAAGGCUCGAAAAGCAACUUUCUACAUUCGUUGGAAAAGAAGCUAGAGAGGUUGCGUUCGAACGACGAGGCGACAAAUACGAUUGCAAAGACGACGAUCAACGGCAGCUCGAUCACGCCGAUCUCGGACGAUCUUGGAAAAGAAGAACGGGGAUUUCGUGAGUGUUCCGCUCCGCCCGUUGAGUGCCCAUCCGCGGAAUCGAAUUUGCUUGAGGUGAAGAGGACGCUGAGCGUGGAGGAUCUCUCGCGUCAUGAAGGAUCGAGCAAGGGUGCAAAGAAUGUACCAUCCAAGGGACGAGUGACAUCGGUAUUGGGUCUAUUUAAGACGAACGCAGAUACGAACAAGCGGAACCCGAGCGGUGGCAGCCGGCGUCAAAACGUGAUCAUGAGUAAAUUGAAGAGAAGCCCACCCAAGUGUACCAAGUCGGGUGAACCGUCUUUAGAGGAAGAUGUAGUCGCGACGAGCAAAAUACCGACGAAACACGUUAAACUGACGAAAAAGUUACCGGAAAAUAAGAGAUCACCAGAGAAAGUGGUGAUGAGUGAAUGCAAAAGAUCGCCACCCAAAGAGAAAUCCAAGGAGGAGUCGAUUGCCAAGGAGAAGAAACCAAUUGCUUUUGUGGAAAAGCAAUCCAGGGAACUUAAAAGAAUGUCGGAAAGAGCCGCGCCAAAUUCUUCAGAUUCCUCAGUGUCAUUCGCCGCGGAUAAAAUCAAGCUAGACAAAAUUGACUUACCGAAAAAAUCAUCAGACCAACCGGAAUCUCUACGAAAAGUUAUGGACGACAAGAACACGGAGUCCGUUGUCCGAAGUGGCGAAAAUAAAAAACCGAUUAAAAUCAAAAGGAACGUUAGCUCUCUAAUAAAUAGGAACGAGUCCGUCACGAGGAUCAAUAAAGGCGAGGACGUCGAUAAGAAAACUAAGAAGCUGGUCAAGUCGAAAGAUGAGGAUAAAGAUGAGAUCGACGGUUCUAGGAAGAAAAGAAUAGUGCGCGUCGUGAGGAAAGUCGUCAAGAAAUCGUCCGACAGUUCUGAAAGUAAAUCUGACGAGAAGGGAAAAUUGUUUAAGCCACUAACGAAGAAGAAAAACGUGAUGACAAUGAAAGAGAAGAAGAGUCUUGAAGAUCCGAAUAUCACAACGACAUCGCAAGCCUCAAUCGAAAGAAAUGAUCCUGAUGACGAUCCGACUGCCUGUUCGAAAGAAGCGGAAUCGGAGCAUUUGCAGGCGAAACACAGGCAUGUUGAAUGUGCCUCGGAAAAAACAAAUGCAAAUCAGAUUCAGAGUGACAUUAAGGGAACUCGUGUCGAACUCGUGGAAUCGGAUAAAUUCGAUGUAAAUGUAUCGUCCACCAACGUGGACUCGCAGACUGAUGCCUCCUCCAUGCCUCAAAACCAUCCCCUCGAUUCAAGUUGUCAAAAUCCGUUUGUUCCGGACACCGGCGGGAGUGCUUUGCUCAUGAUAGACUCCUCGAGUUUGAAUAUCUGCCACUCGAAGCAACAACCGUUGGAACAAUAUCGGCCGAAUAGGAGGAAUCUGAAGCUCGACCUAUCCAAAAUACCGCAACACGCAUUUAGACACACGACUCCUAAGAUAGAUUCGCUCGGAUAUAAUUCACCUGCCAGAGAAUAUCCUGUCACAUCUGUCGGAUCACCUAAAACGGAGGACCCUACGGAGGAUCCAGCGAAGAGUGGCUCAGAUAAACUGAUGGAAUGUCUGUCGAAGAUGACGCAUCACGCCAGCAUUACCGGCAACAAGAUAAUCAUCGAUAAGCCGUUGCGAGCGAAGGACGUUGCCGAACUGAAGCGUGAGGUCACCGAAUGUGCCAGAAUCAUAGAAAAUCACAUGGAAUCGCGCGACAAUCGCUCGAGCCAGCGAACCAGCGUUGAGCAGAUAUUCGGGGCCUCGGUACCAGACGAGCCUCAGGAAAUCAUCGCACAAGACAAAUCGAAAGAAAUCAAGCUGAAUCCUUCCGAAUCGGAGAUCGGGGAUGACGUUACAUUAAGGUCUAAAGAAUCAAGGACAUCACCGGACGAUCGCAUCAGUGAGAUAUUCUCGCCUGAAGAGCCAGAGAGUUUUGAUUCCUGGUCAAUCUGCUCGGCCGACUUGAAUCACAAUCGCGGCGAUUUACAUUCGCCGACAUCCCCGUCGUACUCUCUAUUCGUGCGUGGCGCAGACACGCAGAGCUCGGAAUCGGUAAUUGAUCGAAUACGAAGACGCAGUUUCUAUUCGAGAUUCAACGACCGCAAGAGGCCAUCCUUGACGGCGCCGCCACCAGGAGUGAGCAGCGUGACUCUGCCUAGACGGUUCAGUUUCAACAGUUGUAGAGAAAGGGAACGCGACAGAUUAUACAAUUAUGGAGGUCCUAGGCCAAGAGUGAAGGAGAAAAGUUACAUUUUGUAUGGCAACGACGAGACGUCCUUGAGGAAAUCGCCGGUUGAUCGAGAGAGAUACAGCGACGCAUUGACAGUAUCGUCGUACGGCCAUCAGACGGAAGCAAAAACUUUGUUUGAUCAUUACGGUAGUGGCUUGCCGUCUUCCUCACAUGAUUCCCCGAGGAGAUACGUGAGAUCCCCGACGUUGGAUCUUGUUACCUCUCGCGCUAAAUAUCACAGCGCGGACGUCAUCGCGACGCACAACGAUCUCACUGGAGUCUCAUACAAGAGUCCUUUGUCAAGAUCGUUUCUGAGCGACGGCGUGACGGACUCUUGCCACUAUGGCAGGAACACUUUGCCGAAAAAGUACGGUUCUACCAUUAGUGGUUUAGAACCAAAGAGUGUAGAAUAUUACGAGGAGAUUCUCUCACCGAGCAAUCCCGACUGUCUGUCGCCACGCGACACCUGCCGGUCACCAUUAUUGGACGUCUAUUUAAGUAGAUGCGAGAACGAAUGUAAUCACAAUGGUAAUUUGGAUUUGCAACAGUUAACGUUUAACGUUAAUGUCGAUAAACCAACAGUUUACGCGGAUGCGGAGAUUGUUGAAGAGAACAGUAAGCUAAUAGGAUGAACAGAAAAGAAACACAAUACAAUGUUUCAACGAAACCAGAAAUAUGUCUUCGACAACUGUGGACAUUCUAUUGAAUGUAUCUGUUACCAAACGGAAUUGAUUUUAUUCAAAGAGUAAUUUUGUAAAAUAUUUGAUAAUAUGCCGAACGCAUUUUACUACAAUAAUUUUAUAAUACAGGUUCGUGUCUCGCGUUUCUUCAUCUUGGCAAUGAAAUAGUUGCGAUGGCAUUCAAAAUAGCACGAUGACUAUUAUUAAAUCAACAAAUAUAUAUCAUCAUGUUAAAGCGUUUGCUUAAAGUUAUCAAAUACUGUUCUAAGAUCCUUAUUACGCAAUCUAACUUUUUAAAAUCUAACCCCGCGAUGAAUUUCAUUUAAUAUUUGUAUUUUUACAGAAACUUAAUUUUCGUUUUUCAUAUUAUAUAGAAAAUUAAGAAAUAAAAGAUUUUUUAUCGCAAAUUUUCAAGUCUUUCUGCCACCAUCGUAGAGAAAAGAUAAUUGUAUUGACAUCUUUUCUAUAAUUAACUGAAUGCAGAGAAUAAGAGAACACUACGUCUCCGGUAUUUAUAAGAAUAUGAAUUAUAAUAGUUAACAACUGCUCCUAUUGUAAUUAUCGCAGCGAUAAGACAGUCUUACUAUUUAUUUUAUUGGUUCAACUUGUAUACCAAAACGUUGAUUUAAUCAAUUUAAUGCUGCAUGUAAUAGAGAGGUUUUUUUAACGGAAAAGUCUCGAAUCAAUUUUUAUCAGUUUUUUUGUCAUAAUUAUGCUUAUAGUGAGGAUAAAAAUAAUUUGUAAAUACGUGAAUUUUAAAUAUAUUAUUGAUUACCGCAAGAAGAUUAUCUACAUCGUCACAUCAACGUGACGUAAAGCGCAGUAAGCAAUUCUCUCUCUCUCUCUCUCUCUCUCUAUAGAGAGAGAGAGAGAGAGAGAGAGGGUAAGCUAAUAAAAGAAAAAGCACAAAUGGCGCAUUUUAGUUCCUUACGCAGAUAUUGCUUUAUACUAUCGAAUUUUCCUAAUUCUUCCUUCUGUCAUUUCGUAGAUUUAUUUGUAGAAUAAAGAUAUGAAAUAAUAAUAGAGAGAAAGAAAGAGAAAGUGAAAAGCGGGAAGACAUAAAGGAAGAAAUACGAAAGUUUGAUUUAUGUACUUAACAGUUUUUGAUUGACUCGAUUAAAAAUUGUGAAACGAGAAAAGAAUUAUCAAUCGAUAUUACAAGCUUAAAAAUUUGUGAUUUAUCAGCCCCAUAGUCUUCCGCUUGUUAACGUAUGUGUUUUCUAUUGAUAUACAUAUUUUAAAAUAAAUAUCCAUACUCUUGAGAAAAA